UCUGUUAUCUCAAAAAACAGAAAAUGACCCGCCCACACAUCCUCAGGUUUUCAUGUAUGCUGGGAAAAGAAGAUAAACACAUUGCACUGCAGUACGCGCUGACACAAGUCAAAAUUUUGGAGCAAUAGAGUACAAGGUAAAAUAAUGGACAAAUUGCUAUAUCUCUGCAUUCUACUCCAUUUAAUCUGUGGCUCUGCUACUCAUAAGAAUGAUUCGUUUCUUAAUGGAAAAGAGGUGACAGCAAUUCCAGAAACACUGAAGCCUGGAAUCAAAGAGUUCCUUUUCGUCAAGAGUCUGAUUGAUAUUAUACCAAAAGGAGCAUUUUCCAAUAACCCUCAAUUAACAAAAAUUGAAUUUUUUGGUACAAGUACAUAUUCUAUUGAAGAAGGUGCAUUUGAAGGUUUAGAACAUCUGCAUACCAUUGACAUUUCAAAAACCAACCUGACAUCUCUACCUGUUGGUGUUUUUAAGGAUCUGACCAAUCUUAGAAAACUGAUUCUGAACUCGAACAAAAUUCAUAAGCUUGAAAAGGGACUGUUCGAUGAUACCAAGAAUCUUGAAACACUCCGCAUGCAAGAUAACGACAUUUCAGCAAUUGACGAGGGAACAUUUGAUCACUUGGAGAAACUUACAGAGCUUAAUCUCGCAAAGAACCUUCUUUCAUCCAUCUCAUCAUCCCUUUUCUCAAAGCUCAGUAAGCUGAAGACAUUCAGGUUAUAUGAGAGCCAGCUGUCUUCACUGCCUGAUGGAAUUUUUGAUAAUAUGCCUUAUCUGAGGGAAAUAGACCUCCAUAUGAACAGACUCACACAAAUACAACCAAAUCUGUUCCCGCACAAGAAGACAUUGACAUUUAUUUUGUUAGACAAUAAUCUCUUGACCGAACUUCCACCUGAGCUAUUUGUGGGUUUCUCUGCACUUAAAAAGUUGACAUUAAAUCACAAUCAGCUCACCACUAUCCCACCUCAUCUUUUCAAAGAUGCAAAUAUGAUGUCUGAAUUAUUUCUGAACAACAACAAACUUACAUCUUUACCUGCUGGGGUUUUUCAGUCACUGACACAGCUUAAGAAAUUAGACCUGUCCUCAAAUCAGUUUUCAACUCUUUCUGGAGACUUUUUCAAAGGACUUGAGAAACUUUCAGAGCUCAAUCUUCAGAAUAAUCUCAUCAAAUCUCUAAAGCCUGAAGACUUCACUCAACUCCGAUCUCUUUCUACCCUCAAACUGGAUAACAAUAAACUGAGAAUGAUUUCAAAAGAGGUCAUUGAAUCUCUGCCAGAAAAGCUCAGUAAGGUCUAUUUAAACAACAACACAUGGGAAUGUGACUGUAACCUACUGCCCAUGUAUACGUGGAUGAAGUCAAAUCCAAGUAAGAUAAAGUCUACUUUUCCAGAGGUUUGUGAGUAUCCUGACUAUUUAAAAGGCCAACCAAUCAAACCAUUACAAAUCGAUCAACUGAUAUGUCCCACAACUCCAACCAUAACAACUUUAUCACCAACCACUACUUCAACUACACCAUCAACCACUUUUCCUUCCACAACUGUUCCAACAACAACCUUUACCACUCCAUUAGAAACCACUCAGCCUACAACUACACCAUCAACCACUGCUCCUUCCACAACUGUUCCAACAACAACCUUUACCACUCCAUUAGAAACCACUCAGCCUACAACUACACCAUCAACCACUUCUCCUUCCACAACUGUUCCAACAACAACCUUCACCACUCCAUUAGAAACCACUCAGCCUACAACUACACCGUCAACCACCUCUCCUUCCACAACUGUUCCAACAACAACAUUCACCACUCCAUUGGAAACCACUCAGCCUACAACUACACCAUCAACCACUGCUCCUUCCACAACUGUUCCAACAACAACAUUCACCACUCCAUUGGAAACCACUCAGCCUACAACUACACCAUUAACCACUUCUCCUUCCACAACUGUUCAACCAACAACCUUCACCACUCCAUUAGAAACCACUCAGCCUACAACACCAUCAACCACUUCUCCUUCCACAACUGUUCCAACAACAACCUUCACCACUCCAUUAGACACCACUCAGCCUACAACAACACCAUCAACCACUUCUCCUUCCACAACUGUUCUUAUAACAACCACAACUCCAACUACAGUGUACACCACACCAACAACUACAGAACAAACCACCACUUCUACAGCUUUAACAACGUUACUUACCACAGUUACAACUCCUGAGGCCACAACUACAACAUUCCUUACUACACAUACAACAAGACAAACAACACCAACCUCCAUCAUGCUCAAGACAUUUGUAUGUACUAGUUUCUCUAACUCUCAGCAUGCUUCUUCACAUGUGUUUUCCUCCUCACUAAAAGGAGCUUCAUCAUGUAAGACCUUGCUGAUUUUCUAUUCAAUAUUGCUGGGAAUAGAAAUAUUUUGUACAGUAGUACUUGUCAAGUUAUUAUUCACACUGUAUUGUUUGCUCCAGGAACGUGAAAAGUUCUACUGCACUGUCAGCCUCACACACUUUUCCUACACUAAAUCUGUUACACUCAGACCACUCAUAGAAACUGAGACUGUGGCUUUAUAAAACUGGAUAUAAAAGUAUUUACUCAUUUGGAGCCUCAAAACAAAAUAAAUUGUAAUCAAUUAUCAGCCAAGUUCAGUUAUAUAUUCAGUUAUACUGUAUAGCACUGAGUUAUAAACUUUUAAUAUAAUGGUUUGUCUAGCAUGGUAGUGGGAAUGGGGUUGAUGCCUGAUGGUGAUGCCUAUAUGGCUAUACUUAUUUAUAAAACAACUCAUUUAAUUUGAGCUGCAGAAUUCUCACAUUUCAUUGAAAGCACAGUCAUUUUUCGGAGAUACGAACACGGCCACCAAAAAAAAAAAAAAAAAAAGGAAAUCAAAAUAUAUUCAAGAAAACUUUCAAAAUCCAGACGCGCUAUUCAGAUUUGACAAUGCCGCAAAGGGGGUGAAGAAGAAGAAAAACACGUAAUCGACUUUUUCCGGCCCCCAUCUAUUUCGUAAGUCGGAGGCUACCUGUAUCUUUUGCCUCCUUCUUGUCCAUAUUGAUUUUUUCCCAAUUCAAAAUGAUAGGUUUCGAUCGAUGUUAGUAUAGAGCAGGGGUGAACACACUUUUUCAGCAUGCGAGAGCUACUUAUAAAAUAACCGUCAGCAUGACCUACCUACUAUAAAUAUGCAUAAAUAAGUAUCUAUUUUUUUGAUGUUAUGCGAUCUAGCCACACUACCUUUGCAAUCGAUGUAUUGGGAACCCCUUGUAUAAAGCAUGUGUUAUGCUUAUUUAUCUUUUUUUCUUUUAUUAUAGUAAUUGGCUAACCCAGCCAUUAGGGAGGCACAUGUCAGUGCACUCUUAGUGCUGGUCCCAGCCCGGAUAAAUAGGGAGGGUUGCGUUAGGA